GUGUCUUUAAUAAAGCUUGUUGCUUGCUGAAUUCUCUUUGACUAAAUUAGACUAGAUCCUCUGACAUUUGAGCUAACACUUUUUUUCUCAUGUUGUUACUCUAAAAGCACUCCAACUGCCACGCCUGGACCUUAGAGCUUUUUAUGUCUCUAUUUUGGUUUGGUCAGGGUGUAAUUUGGGUGGGCAUUCUAUGUUAUUUUUUCUAUGUUUUUGUAUUUCUUUGUUUUGGCCAGGUAUGGUUCUCAAUCAGGGACAGCUGUCUAUUGUUGUCUCUGAUUGGGAACCAUACUUAGGUAGCUUUUUCCCCACAUGGUUUUUGUGGGUAGUUAUUUUCUGUUUAGUGUUUUGCACCAUACAGGACUGUUUCGGUUAUUCAAUAAAAAGAAUGAACACUUACCAUGCUGCACUUUGGUCCGAUUCCUCUUCUUCAGACGACGAAAACCGUUACACCAACUAGCUGAAUCAGACAGCCGAUCCCCAUAAAGCAACACUGAUGACGCAUAAUACACAACUGCUCCAACAGAUGUGCCCAUUGCCAAUCACAUUUAUCACAGACAUGGCUGAAGUAACACAUAAAAAGUACUUAUGUACUUCAUUACUAACUCUCCUCUCCACCUCACUACUGUAAUGAUAGGAGUGAAUGCCAACACAGCAGCUGUGCCCAACUCUCCUCACCACUCAUCAUAUCUGUCUCGCUGGAUACCUGGAAGUGUGUGUGUGCGCACAUCUACCCGUAUGUGUGUACGUGCGUGUGUGUGUGUGUGUGUGUGUGCGUGCUUGUCAAACAUGAUCAACAUUUUGUUUUGAUAUCCUACUUUUGUUUGUCUAACGCCACACUAAACGCUUGAAGGUAAUGUUUAAUGAUAACUAAAAUAACAUCUUGUUCAUUCCUGUUUGUCAUCCAUCUAAAAGAUAGAACCUAUUGAGACAAUGAAACCAGGGGAGCAAGUAUUAUGUUCUUCAUUGAGGGAAAACCCCUCCCACUCCAGAGCUGUGUGUGUACAGUAUGUGUGUUUGUAUCUGUUUAAGAAAGAGAAAGACCGAAAGAGAGAGCGAUUGAGUGUACUGCGUUCGUAAGAUUAGACAGUGGGAGGGGUAGUUUUGAAUAAGCAAAGCUCACACCCCUGGGAAAUACACUCAACAUUUUCAGUUUGGCUGCGUGAAGCCGGUGACAAGAAAGGCUACGGCAAACUGCAGAUGACGGCUGAUCUUUAGUCUACUUGCGAGAUGUACGGUAGCCUACCGUGUGUAACGUAUGUAACUAUUCUAAACUAGUUUUCCUGUGUCGGUUAUAUCGGUAACCGCAGUUGUCUUGGCCAGCAUGGACAGUGAAGCAAGGGCGAAUGGGGAGGACAUCACUCUCAACAAACUAGACGACAUAGAAGCGAACCUCGACCGUCUUGACCCCUCUGGAAAGGUGUACCGAAUGAUUAACAUGAAUCACUAUGCCACUAGGAAGAGUGUAGCUCAGAGUAUGCUUGAUGUGGCUCUACUCAUGGCUAACUCAUCCCAGCUAAAGACUGUUCUAUACAUGGAGUCACAGUACAGAUUCUACAAACCUCUCAUAGUACUGCUGUCCAUGUCUAUUACGCUACAGGUUGUCGUGGGACUACUGCUGGUCUUUAUAGUCAUCAUCAACAUCUUCAUCACUGCGCUAGGCUUUGAGGGUGCUGUGAUAGGACUUCCAGAACCCCAAUCCUUCCUUCUGACCACUGAACAGAACCAGACCGGAGGCCUCUAGACCACAACCUCAAAUCAUCCUCAGACAACUGGCAGGUUGUAGAGCACAAGCUUAGCACAAUCUGGCCUCAAUUUAACCGGAGGCUUGUACAACCUGAACACAACAUCAGCAGAAACCUGGAACCUAACCCCCACCUACAGUACUGUCAGUUAUCUCUACAGUGACAGGGCAGUGCAGGUGCCAGAGGUCUGCACACUCAAAAACUUCUACAGCUACACCAUCGAGAGCAUCCUGACCGGUUGCAUCCCCGCCUGGUAUGGCAACUUCUCAGCAUCCGACCAUAAGGUGCUACAGAGGGUAGUGCGUACGGCCCAGUACAUCACUGGGGCCAAGCUUCCUGCCAUCCAGGACCUAUAUACUAGGCGGUAUCAGAGGAAGGCCCAAAAAAUUGUCAAAGACUCC